AUGAAGCCUUAUGUUUUUAUAUGUAGUAUCUUCUUUUCUGUGUUUAAUACCGAGGCCCUAGAAGUUGCAACUCACAUACCACCUGAAAUUAACAAACUAUUGAAUUCGAACGAAACCAGACGAAUUAUCAAUGGCGACGAAGUCACGGAAGGACGCCCUUACAUGGUUUAUUUAAAAUUACCAAGAAGCAAUCAAAAGAAACCUAACUAUCGAACUUGGUUGUGUGGUGGAGUCAUCAUACACGAAGAAUACAUCCUAACGUCAGCAGCUUGUAUUGAAGAUGCUGAACAUUUUUACGUCGUUUCCGGGACAUAUAAAUAUUCUGAUGAAGACGACCGCUACAACAACCCAUGCAUCAAGAAUGGAGCAAAAAAAGCGAUUUGGAAAUGUGUUCCUAAAAAUUAUAUAUUUGAUGGGCACGAAAAUGAUAACAUUCGAUGGAUGAACAACGACAUAGCUGUGGUCAAAAUUGAGGAUGGGUUCGAUUUUAAUAGGCGCAUCCGAGGGUGCGACUUCGUACCAAAACCUAUUUGUUAUAAUAACCAAAGUCAAACUUUAGAAAAUCCUGGUACUGUUGUUACUAUUGCUGGUUGGGGAACGACAUCUAGGUAUAAUGAGUGGGUUAACAGAAGGAAGGAAAACCAGCAGAGCUUGCUAGAUGCACACGUUGAGAUAAUUCCCAAGAACCGUUGUAAACGUCGCUGGGGGUCACGCUACCACAAUAUCAUUGAUAACUAUAUGAUUUGCACUAAAGACAUCGGACAAACAAUGUCGGAGAUCUGUAAUGAGAAAUACGUAGAUUGUCAGGAUAUAAAUUACUCUGAUGAAGAAGACAUGAGACGUGAAAUAAAGGUGAUGCGUUCCGAGAAAAUUCCAACAAAUUUGGUGAUGCACUCAGCCUAUCAUAACGAGAGUAGCAAUAAUACGAGACGAUACGUGUCUCAAGCCGAUGGUGGUUUUUGUGAGAAUGAUCAUGGAGGUCCGCUGGUUUAUGGAGAUGGAGUAAAUUCGGUUGUAAUUGGAGUUAUAUCUGCUUGUCUGGUUAAAGAGAGGAGUAACAAAUGCUACGGGCCAUUCCUUUAUACCAGUGUCUUUAAAAACCGUCAGUUCAUAUCGUGCGCUAUUUACAAGGAUGUAGAGCCAAAAUGCAGAAGACAGUUCCGAUCAGGUGUGACGCAUGUAGAAAAGGUUUUGUCUUGGAAGAAUCAUCCUGAUGGUCCGGCGAAGAACGAAAUUGCAUCAACACCUGCUAAACAGCAUGGCGCAGUCGAUGAUAAAGUAUUCGCUGGAAGUGGAUUCAUUAUGAGAGCUGAUGAUGUUAGGAUUGCUAAUAAGACGUCUGAUAACUGA